CAGCUGUACAUAAGUCAUUUGCUUGGGCUGAACUGAGGGCAUCAAGCUGAUCUUAGCCUGCCCAUGAAAUCUGAAUCUAUGAAUCAGCCCAUAUAAAGAGGCCAUCCCAACAGUAUAAACUGGGAAUCAAAAUCAAGCACCUUUUGCUUAUGAAAUUGGACAAAGAGCAAAGAUAGAUAAGUGGGACCCAAUCAAACUCAAAUGAUUGCCAGCCUUACAAUCUUGGGAGCUUGGCGCCCAGACGUAAUCUAUGGCCACCCGCCCAUCUCCCAGAAAUGAUCAAUCCACUCCCCUCCUUCCCCAAUUGAAUAUUCGGCCCCAAUAAUAAUUUAACUUUAAGGAAAAACAAAAUCAAAUUCUUCUACUACAUACAAUUACGUAGUAGUAAUAAGGAUCGCCAUGGCCGCCGCUGCAUCAACAACAGUACAGCAUCAUCUAUUCACCGGCUCAAUCUCUCGCCGCCUGUCCCCUUUUCAAUUAUGUGUUCUGAAUCCCAAGUACUCCGGCAAACGCUGCCUGAAGGGGAGGAAUAAUGGCCGGCAAACCGGAGGAGGAGGAGCCGCCGGAGUCCGGUGCAUGGCGGUGGAAACCACUGCAUCAGAAGCUAAGCCCACCAGGAAGGGUUAUGAAAUCCAGACUCUGACAAGUUGGCUGCUGAAGCAGGAACAAUCUGGGGUCAUUGAUGCAGAGCUUACUAUUGUGCUUUCAAGUAUUUCAAUGGCGUGCAAACAAAUUGCUGCCUUGGUUCAAAGGGCUAGCAUUUCUAACCUUACCGGAGUUCAAGGUGCUGUUAACGUUCAAGGUGAAGAUCAGAAGAAACUGGAUGUUGUCUCCAAUGAGGUUUUUUCUAAUUGUUUGAGAUCGAGUGGCAGAACAGGGAUCAUUGCGUCGGAGGAGGAGGAUGUUCCGGUGGCGGUGGAGGAGAGUUACUCCGGCAACUACAUUGUGGUAUUUGACCCUCUUGAUGGAUCAUCCAACAUUGAUGCUGCUGUCUCCACUGGCUCUAUCUUCGGGAUCUACAGUCCUAAUGAUGAGUGCCUUGCAGAUACUGAGGGCGAUGAUCCCACGCUAGACCAAGUGGAACAGAGAUGCAUUGUGAAUGUAUGCCAACCAGGGAACAAUCUUCUUGCUGCAGGCUACUGCAUGUACUCCAGCUCUGUAAUCUUCGUUCUGACAUUAGGAAACGGUGUAUUUGCCUUCACAUUGGACCCAAUGUAUGGAGAAUUCGUACUCACACAAGAAAACAUCCAAAUUCCAAAGGCCGGGAAGAUCUACGCCUUUAAUGAAGGCAACUACCAAUUGUGGGACGACAAGUUGAAGAAGUACAUUGAUGAUCUCAAGGACCCUGGUCCAAGUGGGAAGCCUUAUUCAGCUCGUUACAUCGGCAGUUUGGUUGGUGAUUUCCACAGAACAUUAUUAUACGGUGGGAUUUACGGGUACCCGAGAGACAAGAAGAGCAAGAACGGGAAGCUGAGGCUUUUGUAUGAAUGUGCUCCGAUGAGCUUCAUUGUGGAACAAGCUGGUGGUAAAGGAUCAGAUGGAAGCAAGAGGAUUCUUGAUAUUGAACCUGUUGAGAUACAUCAACGAGUUCCUUUGUACAUUGGAAGUGUGGAGGAAGUAGAGAAAUUAGAAAAGUAUUUAUCUUAAUCAUCAAUGGUAUAGUAACGGAAGGCUAUUUUCUGCGAAAAUGUAAAUGCUCUCCUCUGCUAGCUCUUUUUUUGGAGGACUGUAAUUUUCUUGUGUAUCCAUGAAAAAUGCAUAAAUGGCAAAGGAUAAUUUUCAUUUGGGUUCACUUUUGCUGGUUCAAAACAAUUUCAUUAGUCAUUACUUGCACCCGAGACCUUGUUC